AUGGAUAAAGUCAAGUUAAUUCAGGAGUGGUUGAAAAUGGCUCAGAGUCACCAAAAGUCUUACACAGAUGUGAGACGAAGGGAUUUAGAGUUUCACAUUAAUGACUGGGUAUUUCUUAAAGUCUCUCCUAUGAAGGGUGUCAUGAGAUUUGGUAAGAAGGGGAAGCUUAGUCGUCGCUAUAUUGGACCACACAGAACUCUGCGAAAGGUUGGUCAAGUGACUUAUGAGCUUGAGUUGCCGCAAGACUUGGUUGCCGUGUACCCAGUGUUCCAUGUGUCUAUGUUGAGAAAGUGCGUGGGAGACCCCUUGUCGGUUGUCCCGACUGAUAGCAUAACAAUUAAUGAUAGUUUGAAUUAUGAAGAAGUCCCAGUGAAAAUCCUUGAUCGUCAGGUUCGCAAGUUGAGAACGAAAGAAGUUGCUUCAGUGAAAGUCCUUUGGAGGAGUCAGAAAGUUGAAGAAGCUAUGUGGGAAGUAGAAGAGGACAUGAAGUCUAGAUAUCCCCAUCUCUUUGGAGAGUUAGCAGAAAGUGUUGAAGGUAAUUUAUCUUCUCAUUCAGAUUUCCUUUCAUGGUUUCCCUGUUCCCAGUAA